GCUCCUCUCAGACAGCGGUCAACUGACUACAAACUCUGCUUUCUUCGCAAAUAACCCGCCUAUCUUUUCAAACUCUUUUCAAACAGUAGCGCAUGUUUUCAACAAUUUGCUAAAAUAGGCUACUACAAAGAUUGAGUAGGAAGAAGGUAGCUAAAAGAUAGCUGAUGAAUAAUGAAUGGCGGUGAUUUUGCUAGCUAGCCAGGUGUUAGCAACGGGCAAAGUGAAGAGGACUAGGAGAGGAGACCAUAGUUGCUGCUAGCUAGGUUUAUAGCUAGCUUACUGUUUCUUGUCUGGAUUUUGCGCAAAGUUUGUAAAAGAGUAAGCUACUAAUGCCAAAUGGCAACUGAGCAGGACAAUCAAUUUUGCUCCUUCAAUGUUGGUGGAUGUUUUUUCUCCAUCCAGCUCAACCGACUUUCUCACCUUCAAGACUCCUUGCUGUUCAAAGACACAUCUUCUGAUCAGACUCCACGAUGGUUUAUCGACAGAGACGGAUGCACAUUCAGACAUGUACAUUAUUAUCUACAAACUGGAAAACUAGCUUCAUCAUGUGUAUCAGAACUAAAUAUUUUAUAUGAGCUUACUGCAGGUCUACGCCUAACGUCACUGCUACAGGCCUUAGAGAACCUCAAGUCAGGGAAGCAUUUCCUGCGAGCCCGGCCAGUAGACCUACAGGUGACUGAGAGAGCCACUCUGAACUACUGGAAGACCAGAAUCUAUAACACAAGACAGCCUGAACCCCUAGCCAGCCCAGUGUCCUCAGUUCAUGACGCGGUACCCCUGGGUUUGGUGGGGACUCCUCUGGUCGACGGUGAUGAGGAGGCGCUGUACUGCUUCGUUCCCAUGGAGACAGUCCGCCUGUACCCCGCACUGGUGACGCCUCACAACCUGCUGUGGCUGUGUGACGACCUGGCCGUCAUCGAGUGUGACAGCCCUCUCUUCAGAUUCAUAGCUAAUUAUCUUCAGACUGGAAAGAUCUUGCUGCCGGAGGAGUUCAGUGAUCAUGAGAGGUUGACCCAGGAGGCCAGAGCGGCUGGCAUGACGGACUUCAUGGACGCAUUACAGAAACGACUUGAAUUGAUCGGUGAUGACAUCAUGCUGCUUCAAGAUGGCUGCCCUGAGAUGAAGCAGCAGUUGACCCCUCAGCCUCUGUACAUUAUGACCUUUGACCUGUUGGUGAGGUACCAGGACUCGGCUCUGGGACAGCUCUGUGUAGACAGCAACAUGGAGGGCAGCAGGCUGCACCUCUCUGGCAACGGGGUCGUCUUCCAACAUGUGGAGAACUGGUUAGGAACAUGUCGUCUCCCCCUGACGGAGAGGCAGUGUGAGCUGCCGGGGUUGUGUGAGUACCUGGAUAGACAGGAUGAAGCGUACCACACCUUCAGAGAUGCACUGUGGGAGUUUCUACACAGGACCAGGACCACAGGCAGGUAUUUUACAGCAGUGCCCUGGUCCGCCUCAGUGGCUACGUUCAGCCUUUAUAAAGUUGUUAAAGUUUAUGUGGGAACACACUGGUACGCCACUUACUUCAAAACCCUGUUAAAGCACGCUGAGCUCCUGUCCAACCCCAGGAAAAGCAGCUGGAUUGUAUUCGGUCAGAGUCUCCAGAUCAAGGCCGACGGCGCGAUGUUCAGACACAUCCUCAACUUCCUGAGAUGUGGGCGCCUGUUGCUGCCCUCUGGGUUCAGGGAAUGGCGGCUGCUGUGCCAUGAGGUAGAGGAGUUUCAGAUCCCAGCUCUGACUGGAGCCCUGGAGGACUGCUCUGACUACAGGGCCUGGUGUAAGAGUAACAACCCUGCUGCCAGUAACCAGUCUUCCUCUUCAGCCGAGUCCCUGCUCAUUUACAACCAAGAUCAAGAUGGCUUCACGGGGAUCGGUUACAACCAGGAGAGCAUGGAUGUAAGUCCAUCACAAACACAAGAUGGAGCCAGUCCUGAAGACUCCUUCAUCUCAGUGGUUGAGGACAUCUGUUCAUUGGUGGAACCAGAGAAUGACCUGAGGCUGAGAGAAUCUCUGCUUAAGAGACUAGAGGAGAGCAGGCAGGUCAACACAGAGGACAGAAUAGAGCCAAGCCAGCUCCCACCAGCUCCUCUACAGUCAACAGUAGAGUCAACAGUAGAGUCAACAGUAGAGUCAACGGUAGAGUCAACAGUAGAGUCAACAGUAGAGUCAACAGUAGAGUCUGGUGGUCAGACCAGUCACCUCCCAGUCCCCUCUGGCAGACUGACUCAGACCAACACCACGUCAGAUACCAGCAGCAAGCUCUCAUCAUCCCCUUUGGCACAAAACAGAACAUUGGACACAAUGGAUACCAGAAAGCUAUUCGCUUCUCUCCGCAGUGUAACACGCAAGCCUGACGAUGCUAGUCAAUUCUCCCCAACGGUGCGGAGUAGUCCGGGACAGAAACAAGGAGGUUCCAGAUACUUCUCAUCUCCUGGUCGAUGUCAGGGUGGUUGGGGAAAGAUGGCAACACCAGACGGUCUAGGUGAGAUCUCAGCCUCUCUCCAGAGGAUGAUCCGGAGGAAGAGAGAGGAGGAGGGCAGACUUUCUGCGUCGCUGCAGAGACCGGUUCAGCUGGCAGAGACUGUGUUUCAGAGUGGGCCCAACACACAGCCCAGGGGGACACCGUCUGGGCUACCAGCCAGGGAAGGGGCCCUCUGCCCCGCCACAGGCGCCAGGGGCUCCAUGCCUGACCCCAUCCCUCCUCCUGACCCCCUCCCUAACCCAGCCUCAGCCAGGCUGUCUGCCCUCACAGCCCUCCUGGCCAGACAGGGUCUCCCUGGGGGCGCACAGGGGACAAGGUACCCCGCACAGAGGGCCGGUGUGGAGGGAGACACUGAGGGACAGAGCACAGGCAAGCCUUACACCACUACUCAGAGAGAUGACGUCCAUUGGAGCAGGCCUGCCCCGAGGGGCUGCGUGUUCCCUGUGCGGGGCUGUGUUCUCAGGGUUGACCACCCUCCGGUCGUGGGCAGAGGGGAGCCUGGAGGAUACUUCACCCAGAGCCUCAUCUACACAGCCAGCCCUCCACACACAGGUCAUCAAGCAGACAAAGACCAAAACGUGAGAGCAGAUAUCAAGAACAGUCUGUCUCUAGCUCACCUUCCAGAUGUGGCUUUUGCCUGCUUCAAUGUGUCCUGGGAGGAGAUGGUGUUUGGGAGGCAGUGCCACGUCUUUCUGACUGGACUCAUCCUGGACUCCAUAAGACUAGAGGACUCCAAGGACUGCACUGUCAAGAUAGCCAAUCUGGUCUAUUUCCUCUGGACAGGACAGGCGAAGGCUGAGGACUUUGUCUCUGAGCUGCUCAGAAUCGUUUGUUCUGAGAGACGGGAGAAGAGCAGAGGGCAGCAGCUACUGCAGUGGGUGGAGUUCUCCCUUCCUCUAGCCCAGCGCUACACUGAGUGUCUGGAGCAGCUGGAUAGAGGACUCUGUCAUACAGUCAGACUGUUUCCUUAGGACAAGACUACAGUGUUCCCCACACCUCAGCACACACACCAGCCCCAAGUCACCCAGCUGAGAGGACAGAUCCACCACCAGGAGAGACGUCAGCCUCUCAGACCCACUGGCUCUGACCUGUCAGGGAACUGACCCAAAUGGCACCCUAUUCCCUAUAUAGUGCACUACUUUUGACCCGAGCUUUUGGCCAUAGGUCUCUGGUCUAAAGUAGUGCACUAUAUAGGGAAUAGGGUGGCAUUUGGGACGCACCCCCAGUCAGACCUGACCAGCUACAGGAGGCACUAAGGAAGUGGCAACACCACCACGGUAAAACAAGAUGGAGGAAUCUGACCACAGGUCAAUUCAGAAACGAAAGAACAGACAUUAUGUGAAGACAAUGUAAAAGAGUGGUACCAGAAUGCUGCCUUUUGAAAAAGCAUGUUGAUUUGGACCUUUGAAGAGUACACGUAUCCUGACAUACUCCUGCCUGAUUCAGAACUAGCCUUUUCAUCCCAAGGUAUAUCAUCAAUCAUCAGGUGUUUCAGAAGUUGCAGUCUGGAGAAAAAGUGGUCAACAAGACAAGAGGAAGAAGAUAAAGCAAUCAAGCGUUCAUAUCUUCACUGGAAACUAUUCCAAUCAUUAUUUACAGAGUAACCAAUAUAGAACAGAACAAACUACUGCACCCACCAGUACUUUUGGAAAGAAAAAUAUAACAAUAUUUAAAUCAACUUUUUUUUUUUUUUUACAAUAUAAAAGUUAUGCUCAAAAGUGGCUUUUCUUUUUCAAAACAGUGCUAUGUCCCAGGUCUUUUCGGCGUCCAUGUGAGAUGAGAGUUGUUGCUGGCAGCGCGAGAAAAAAUAAAUACUCGUCAGUCUUC